AAACCAGUAUCCGGUCAUUACUUUUCUAUUAAAUAAUUAUAGUACAAGAAGCACCAACUAUGACCACUCAUUGAUUAUCAGAGACAGUUUGGUUCGAUCCACUAGACAUGGAGUAUCUGAGAUAUUGCCAGUCUUUCGUUGUUGGUACUGGUCUUGUCACUAACAGUCCCUCUUUCAGAAAAUUUCUAGGAUGGUGUUUUUUGCUACCACUCAGUUUAAUCGUGUUUGCAUUCUCAAUUUACAAAAUUCGAGAUACAGACAAUGAUAUUUUUCUCAUGAUUGAAGUCAUGGAGUCGAUAUCAUCAUUCACUCAAUUAAUGAUACGAAAGUAUAUUAUUUUUAUUCAAGGAGAACUGAUGUUGGAAAUAUUCAAUGAGUGUGAAAACCUUUGGUCUUUUGAUCUGUUUGGACCACAACUUUCGGAAAAAUUCAAACAACAAAUGAAAAACUGUUGGACACUGGCUAAAGUGUUAAUUACUUCUGGCUUUAUAACAAUUGUUCUAAUGUGCAUAAGUGCCCUCACCGACAAGACAAAGUCAUUACCGUUCAUAUGUUGGGUCCCGAAUUUUUCCUACGCCCAUGAACUAAUAUUUCUAUCACAAUUUAUACUUUUAAUAGAACUUCUCUAUUAUGUUGUGGCUACAGACGGGUUCUACCUUUUGAUUUGCAUGGAUAUACAAAUACAGUACAAAAUGAUGGGAAAAAUGUUAAAGUCGGUCCAGUUUGGGGUAAUUUCAGAGGAGGAAAGUUGGGAGAAACUGGUAGAGUUGGCAAACCACCACAACAAAAUGUUAAAGCUUCACGAAAAAUUGAAUAAAGUGUUUUCGAAAUAUUAUAUAAUACAAUAUGCCAUUUCUGUUAGUGCAAUGUCAGCUCAAGUGUACACCUUAAUGUACAGCAAAGUGGUUAUUGAAACGGCACUAAAAAGCAUUUGCUACACAAUUUCGCUCCUACUGCAAGUGGCUUAUUAUUUUUUUCCAGCCAGUAAUAUGGAAAUUGAGGCUGAAAAAUUUUCAACAAAAAUUUACUUCUUGAACUGGCAAGACAACGCGGACGCGAAAAUAAGAAAACACAUUCUUUUCAUGCUUCUAAAGUCGCAGAAAAGUUUGGAAAUGUGGGGCGAAGGCAUGCUGCAUAUCAAUCGAAACGAGUAUCUUUUGAUUUUUCGUCUCGGAUUUACAAUUGCUACACUUUUGAGUGGUUUUAAAUAGUAUUACUGUAACUUGUUUCAUGUAUUAGAAGAGAUAAUA